AUGGCGCUCAGCAAGAGUGAGAAUGAUUCUCCCACGCCUGUCGUGAAUCAUGAUGGCGACACCAAAGCUCCAGCUACACUGGAGACCUUCAAAGACCAGCAGGCCAAUAUCCUGCCUCACAAGAAGCUAAUGGUUGUCUUUCCAGUCAUUGCUCUGGCGCAGAUGAUCUCCUACCUAGAUCAAACCUCUGUAUCAACCGCCGUGCCAUCUAUUGGAGCCGCAUUGAACAUGGGGCCGUCAAUUUCAUGGGUGCCAACUUGCUUUUUGGUCGCCAGUACCAGUAUCCAGCUGAUAAAUGGCCGGCUGAGUGACAUUGUUGGCCGAAAGCCAUUGCUUCUGACGUGUAUGGGGAUCCUGGCAGUCGCGGAUCUCUGUGCUGGUUUCUCGACCUCGCCUGGCAUGUUAUUUACCUUUCGAACGAUAGCUGGUCUGGGAGGAGGGGCAAUUACCGCUCUAGUAAUGAUUGUUGCAAGCGAUAUCACCACGUUAGAACAACGAGGAAAAUACAACGGCUUCAUUGGCGCCAUGGUCGGUCUAGGAAACGGCAUCGGGCCGCUCAUCGGGGGCGCGCUGACACAAAAGGCUUCCUGGAGAUGGUGUUUUUGGUUCAUCUCCCCAGUUAUUGUGGCCGUCAUGGUGCUGAUUGCAAUUGUCAUUCCUCCUUCAAAUGUCCGUGGCAAGGCAGGAGCGAAGGUGCGAAUGAUUGAUUGGUUGGGUCUGUUUAUCAACAUCGCCGCUGUAGUUUUGAUACUGAUCCCCAUCUCCGAAGGUGGCUCGAUAUAUCCAUGGAAGAGCCCCCUCGUCAUCGCCACGUUGGUCAUUGGUGCUCUUCUAAUUCCUGCGUUUGUCUUUGUGGAAUGGAAAAUUGCCAAACUACCGAUGAUGCCGAUUCGUCUUUUCCAAAGUGACAUGUCCGCCAACCUAGUCCUCAUCCAAGGAACCCUUCACGGUGUUGUCUAUUGGGCAAACCUAUAUUACGUACCAUUGUACUUGCAGAACGUACGUGGCUAUAAUCCGAUCAUGUCUGGAGUCAUCAUCCUUCCAAUGGUUGCUUCGCAUGGAGUCGGGUCAUUGGUCUCUGGGCAGAUUAUUUCGCGGACAGGACACUAUAACCCGACAAUCAUCACGUCCAAUCUAAUAUGGACAAUUGGAGCUGCUCUGCAAACUAUAUACACCAGAACUACACCGGUGUGGGCCAUCUGUGUCAUCGGAUUCCUCCAGGGAGUGGGGAUUGGAGGUGCAUUCCAACCCGGUUUGGUCGCGUUACUAGCCCACUCAAGAAAGGCAGACCGUGCUGUGGCCAACUCUCUUCGUAACUUCUUGCGUAUCAUGGGGGGUUCAGUUGGGUUGACCAUCUCCGGAGCAAUCCUCAACAACGUUAUGAAAGACAAACUAAGCAGCUUCCUAUCGUCAGAGACCAUUGGUCAAAUCACCUCGUCUUCCUACGCCAUGGAAUCUAUGAAUCUCUCCACAACCCAGACUGAAAAGGUGCUGGAUGCAUAUAUGAGCGGCAUGCAUGACAUUUUUGUUAUGUACGCACCUAUAAUCGGUAUCUGUUUCAUCUGCGCGGUCUUGAUUAAGGACGAAGGUGUUGCAGAGAAAGACGCGAACCAGCAACCGCCGGCUCCAAAAUCAGAACAAAGCGUGGAGAGCAGUGACCGAGUUGUAAUGAGCCCAGAGGUUCGGGAGGAGAAAGUUUGA